GUUGUCGGAGCUUGGGAUGUUAGGGAUGGCAUCGGGCCGGGCACGCUGCACCCGAAAGCUGCGGAACUGGGUGGUGGAGCAAGUGGAGAGCGGGCAGUUCCCUGGGGUGUGCUGGGACGAUGCAGCUAAGACCAUGUUCCGGAUUCCUUGGAAGCAUGCAGGCAAGCAGGACUUCCGGGAGGACCAGGAUGCCGCUUUCUUCAAGGCAUGGGCGAUAUUUAAGGGGAAGUACAAGGAGGGAGACACAGAAGGCCCUGCUAUCUGGAAGACUCGUCUGCGCUGUGCUCUCAACAAGAGCCCCGAAUUUGAGGAGGUUCCUGAAAAUGGCCAUAGGGAUGGAGCUGAGCCCUACAAGGUGUAUCGGCUGCUGCCAUCGGGGACCCUCCCUGCCCAGCCAGGGACCCAGAAAUCACCAUCAAAGCGACAUUACAGUUCUGUGUCCUCUGAGAGGGAAGAGGAUGAGGGUACCACAAAGAACUGCAUACUCAGUCCCUCUUUGAUUGAGGACCCCCUCAAAAACGAGGAGGUGGGGGCCAGUGGGGAAGCAGGCCAUUCAGAAUUUGGGAGCAGCAGCAGCAGCAACAGCCCUGAGCCUCAGGAAGGUACAGACACAACAGAAGCCCCUUUCCAAGGAGAUCAGGUGUCAUUGGAGAGUCUGCCUCCUCCAGACUCAGACUACUCGCUGCUGCUUACCUUCAUCUACGGUGGGCGCGUGGUGGGCGAAGCCCAGGUGCAGAGCCUGGACUGCCGCCUUGUGGCUGAGCCCUCAGGCUCCCAGUAUGGGAUGGAGCAGGUGGUGUUUCCCAAGCCUGACCCACGAGAGCCCACCCAGCGCCUGCUGAGCCAGAUCGAGAGAGGUGUCCUAGUGGCCAGCAACUCCAGAGGCCUCUUUGUGCAGCGUCUCUGCCCCAUCCCCAUCUCCUGGAACGCGCCCCAGUCGCCACCCGGUCCAGGCCCGCAUCUGCUGCCCAGCAAUGAGUGCGUGGAGCUCUUCAGAACCACCUACUUCUGCAGAGAUCCUUCGUUACAGCCCAGGCAUGGCACCCUGCACUUGAGCGGUGCACACACAUCCUGUGGGGCCCUGUGCUCAGCCCUGGCAGCUGUCUGGCAGCCAGCCUUCCCCAGCCAAGGUCUCGGAAGAUGAGGCUCUGAUGCAGCUCAGCACACGAGUCACAUGUUGGGGACUGCCACCACAUGGCAGCAUGCAGUAACGGGAAGGUGCACCUCGCGGCCCUCUCCUGCAUAUGCACUUGCACGGGCCAACCCCAUAUUUGGGAGAGCUCGCACACCUCCCACACACUAGCCCUGCUGCACCCCGGGCAGCUCCUCGGGUUGUCCUUCUCCCGUCCGCCCCUGCCUGGGACUCCACUUCCUGCCUCCAUUCACCUCUAAAUCUCACCUUGGGAGUGGAGGCCAGGAGUACAGGGGACGCAGAGUGGGAGUGUUGCAGGGCCACGCAUGCCCUCCUCGGCAGGGAGGGUGCGAGCAGACAAUAGAGGUGGGGACACUUCUGUGUUAGCAGCCCAGGCUGCUGCCUUGAGGACUCUAAGCUCUUCCAGCAGAGAGCUUUGAGGGUGUAUAAAAAUCGGUUACCUCUAAAUACUUCUUACUUGAAAAAGGGGCACCUUUUCCUACUUGCACAUGGGUGAGUAGCAGCUUAGUUGCUGGCAUCCCUCCUGGUAUGAGGCAACAGGCGUGACCCUGAAGCUCCCGCUCUGGCCUUGGUCUCCAAUUGGCCCCACACCCACCCCUCUUUCUCCAUGAUGGGUCCCUCUCUAUUCCCUCCCUGCCUGUGGCCUCUGCCUUCUUUCUUCCAACCCUUGAUCCUUUCUCUUU